AUGGCGCCUCUCAUGCUGCUCACAUUCGUUAGUGCCUCCCUUUUCCUCUUCGUCGAGGCCAACGAUCCUGACGGCGGCGACGCCGGCAGUGAAGGAGAGUGUCUCACUGAAAUCAAUGCUGCUCGCGAGGCAGUUGGCUUCAGCAGUUUCUUGAAGGCCAAUGUCGCAGAAGAGGGGAAACACCUGCCAGCUGCAUUCGACAACAAAAGUGAAGAGGACUAUCACGCUUCAGCAUGGAAGCCCGUUUGCGAAUUCUUGCUUCCAAAGACCAGCGACGAAUCAGAGCCCGUCGUUGUCGCUACAAUUGAUAGGUUCGCAAGCGGAACAUACGCAUUCAAGGCCCUAGAGUCCGAAACCCCCAGAUGCAGUGACAUAGUGGAAGAAUGGAAGACAGCCUACAAUAACUUCAACGGAUUACCGCCACCAUACAGCGAACAAGAGCAAGCGUACAGCAGUCAAGAGAAUGUUUCUUUUGUGGCCAUGCACAACCCCUCUUCCGACGCUACUGCAGACUGCCGAGUCGUCACCUGCACCAGAAAGACUACAACUCAGCAGCAAAACAGAGAAAAGACAGGAACAACCGCAACUGAAGCAAAUGGAUAUGCUCUGAUAUGCAUGACAACGCCUGACGUGCUUCCCGUAGACGGAAGCAAAGCUCCAUUUACGGAAGGGCAGUGGGGGCAGAUCGUCACCGCCUUCGAAGGCUCUGCCCCGGCUGUCUUGCCCAGUCUCCUCAGCCUUACUGCAGCAGCGCUCGCAGUUGCUUUAUCGGUGCUAUGA